AUGGAUUACGAUACUUCUUAUGAUGAAUUCGUCGAAGGGAAAAAAUUCAUUGCUUUAGUAGUAUCCGACGACGAUGAAGAUGAAUUGGCUUUAACAGACAUUAAUGAGUCCUUUCAAUCCACUAGUGCAUCGUCUAUCCCAACUAUUAAGAAUAAUAUAGCAGGCUCCACUUUUUUCCCUAACAUUCCCAAUAAUCCUCACAUAGUGCCUAAGUCCAGCUCACAACCAAGCCAAAAACAGGUACUGCAACAGCAGCUGCAGCAUAAUCAACUUCCCCUAAGGACACCAACAAAGGAACAAAGUAAAGCUAUAAAAACGAAAUCUGACGAAAAGAAAAGAUGGUCUUUCAUGUCAACUACCUCAUCUUCAAAGAAAAGGUGGUCGACUUUAUCUUCUUUUACAAAUGACUCUAAGAAUGAACAUGUAAGGGAAAAGGAAAAACACUCUAGCCAUAACAGUUCGACAAAUAACCCAAAUUUUAUGAAGAGACUUUCAUCACAUAGUAGUUCCAUUUCAACGACUAAUAAUAGUACUAAAAGAAUGUCCCUAACGAGUACGUUUAGCAAUCAUCUGGACAAAAAUAGUAAUCAGGCUAUCCAUGCAGACUCCCACAAUGACAAUAUAUCAUUGUCCUCGUCGUCAUCUUCUACACAUCGUAAAUCUUCCUCGUCAUCUUUGAAAAGAUCUUCUACAGGGUCAUCAUUAAGACAACUGUUUAACAAAAUUGUGAUUAACGACUCAAAGGAACAUCAAGUAAAAAGUACCCAAUUCUCCUCUUCUCAAGAAAAUGCCAAUAAAGAAAAUAAUUGUACACAAAACAAUUCACAAAAGCAAUUACCGAAACAACUUCAGAAACAAAAACAACUCAAUCAUUCAUUCUCAUACUCAUCGGAUUUAAACCAAAAUACAAUAAGAACAGACACCAAUGCUUCACAGACAAAGUUUAGAACACCCUUGAAACCAGUGACAAAUACAUUCACUACUAACUCAAACGCACAUAUGGCUCGACAGCGCCAUUCCGUUAUAUACCAUCAGGAUUAUAAUAAUAAUAACAACAGUAGUAAUGGCUAUAAUAAUAGUAAAGUAAAUCAUAAUAGAAAUAUUUCAACAAACCAAUUUUCAGAUAGUUCUAGUAUAUCAUCAAUGUCAUCGUCUAACUCAAAAUGGAAAUUUUGGAAAAGAAAUACCUCAAAUAAUGGUGGAUUCUUAUCCAGUUCAACUUCUUCAAAGUCAUUGUCAAUAAAUGAUAUAUCUUCGCCUUACAGUAUCGAAAAUAACAAUAAUAAAUUUAAUUAUAAUAAUCCCUCUACAAAGCUAAGAAAUAAAAGCUCAUUUUCUGACUUCCAUAAACCCUUCUUUUCAUCAAACUCUUCAACACAAAAUCUAUCAAUUAAUACCCAAAUAAAUACAGAUCAAAAUGAAACGAGAUCAAUAUCCUCCUUAUCUUCUUCAUCGUUGCAUAAAAAAAUAUCAACUUCCAAUUUAUCAAUACAUGCAUUAACCCAUCGUUCAUCACAAUCAAGUUUAAAACAUAAAGUUUCUCACAGUUCCUUACAAAAAUUUAAAACUAGAAGGAGAUCUUCGAAUAAUGGAACUACUGGUGCAAAUUGUUUGAAUCCAAAUAUGGAUGAUAUAUCAAGUCAUUCCUCAUCGAUUAACUCAAAUCCACUAAUUUCUUUGCCGACAUUGGAUCAAGUUUCUAGAGAUAAAAUCCAAACAAAAUUAAGAAAUUCGACCUCUUUAUUAUCUUUAAAUUCCUCCCAUACUGUCAUAAUGACGAAAAAACAACACGAUACAUCAAUAUUGCAACAAAUUUUGCAAUAUUGUGAUAUAAACUAUAUCAUCAAUGAGUAUGAUUUACAAUCUUUGCAUUCAAAUUUCAAUAAACAUUCCAUCUAUAUGUUGACGCCACAAAAUUCAAUAAAAAUAUCAUCAAAUAUUUAUAAAUUACGCUCUAAGCAGGCAAUCUGUAAGAUAAUCCCUCUAGGUACACCAGAUGAUAUUACAACUUCCAAAAUAACAUCACUGAAAGAAUUAAAAAUGUUACAUCUAGUGAAGGGCACUACAGGUCUCCCCUAUUUAUUACAAUCAUAUCUUUUGAGAUCAUCUACAGGAAAUAUCUCAAUGUAUUUGUACAUGAAGGAUAAAGGUACACCAUUAUCUACAUUCAAGUUUGUCAAUUGGGAUCAAGUUCUUAACAUCUUUUGGCAAUGUGUUAAUAUUAUGUAUGUUUCUGAAACUAAGUUUCAAUUUGAACAUCGAAAUCUAAUUCUGGAUCACAUCUUAAUAGAUUCAAAUCAUAAUGUGACCUUCAUCAAUUUGAAAUGUGGUAGAAUUAAGUUUGAUGAAACAUUGUUUCCCAACUCAAAUUCAAAUACAAUUGAAAUUUUAUCAACAAGGUUAGAUCAUCCAUUGUUCUUCCAGGGUGGUGGGGAUUAUCAAUUUGAAACUUAUAAUUUGAUGAGAUCUUUAUUCAACGGAUUGAAUGUAACGAGUGGCAAUAAUAAGGAUGAUGAAACGAUUUGGGACUGUUUUGUACCGAAAACCAAUCUAUUAUGGUUACAUUAUAUUGCUGUAAAAUUAUUAUUGAAUAAUAAUAACUUACCAAAUUCAGAGUCGAGGAUCAAGUUAAACAGUAUUGCUCAGUUGAGUGAUCCGGCCACACUGCUACCCAAAAAUAAGAACAAAUACAGCAGAAGGAAUGAUCAUAAUAUUAACAGCUGUGGAGACUUGCUAAAAUUUAAAUAG